UAUUCCACUGCACCACCAGGACAAUCCGUUUUGAAAAAGGAAAACAGUUAUAGUUGAUGUAUCGUCUAUGGUUUUGACUCUCGCGAUGAAGGGGCUUUAUCUCGGGGUGGAGAGGAAGCUAAGAGUACGAUGCGCACGUUGCGCACGCGCAAUGAAAGUUAAGGUUUGCCUAUGAAUAAUUUAAAUAACCCUCCUCCUAACUGGAACAUUCAACCUAAUGCAAGAAAUAAUGAAGAUCAUGGAAGCAAAUGGAAUUAUGCUUUGUUGGUUCCAAUGCUGGGAUUGGCUGCCUUCCGUUGGAUUUGGUCCAGAGAAUCUAAGAAAGAAAUAGAAAAAGAGAAAAGAGAGGUCUAUAGAAAAUUGUCUUUUGUACAGAAAGAGCUUGAAUCUAAAUAUCGCGAUAUAAUUAUAGAAAAUCGCAGAAUGGUUGCCCACUUGGAAUUAGAAUUGGAAAAAGAACGGAACAGAACCCUAAGUUAUCGCAAUGCACUCAUCUCUCAAAGUUACAAAUUGGUAGAAGAAAGAAGAACUUUGGAACAAGAGAGGACAAAGGUGGAACAAGAGAAGCAGAUUCUGCAGGAUUCUGGUGCUGCAGGUGCUUUGUAUAAGAACUGCUUGGAGAAGGAAGAUCAGUGGCAAACAAAAGCCUCUAUUUUACUAAAAGAGUUUGAAGAAGCUUUAAUGGAAAGGCAGGAUAUGUAUUGCAGCCUUAUACUGCCAAGAUAUCAUCGGUUGGCAGUAGAGAAAAAAAUGCUAACCAAAGCAACAACUAAUCCAAUUGGUUUGGAACUGGAACUGGAAGCUGGGCUGAAAGAUAUUUUCAGAUAUGAUACCUCUUGCAGCAAUUUAUUAAAUACCAAUAAAAAUCAAAAUGGAAAGCUCAUGUGGAUCUACCUUCGAUAUUGGGAGUUAUCUGUCGAAGUCAGAAAAUUUAAGAAGGCAGAGAAAGUAUUUUUGGGAAACACUGGCUAAAGCUACACCAUCUCUAGCUUGUAUUAUAUCAAUGUAAUCCUCUCCAGAUUUGUUAAAAUUUAAUCCACAGAAUCCUCAUACUGGUUUGUGAUAUCAAUAUAACUUUGUGAGGUAUAUAUCAGUGUCUUUAGUUACUGUCAUAACUACAUUCAUAAUCUAAUAAUACCAGUCUUCUUUUGAUUAAUCUAAAUCUGUAUUGGAUGUUACCAUAUUAAUGUAUGGCAACUAAAUAUAUGUGGUUUUUGUAUUAGCAGUGCUAGUAUGUUCAAUAGGAUUUAUUUAAAAAUAGUAUUUCCACAUUUCUACAGUCCUUUCUAUGCUGUCAUGCUUUUCAUUCUUCAGACCCUCAAACAAAGGUAGUCCUUGACACACAACUAUAAUGGAGACUGGUUGUAAUGGUUGUAAAAUGUUAUGACCAUUUUGCAGCAGUUGUUAAGAAAAUCCCUGAAGUCGUUAAAAGAAUUACUGGUUCUCUAUGGGUGCAAUUUUGCCAAAAAUAGGAGUGCUAGCUUUUGGCAAAACUGUUGUAAAAUGUGGUCACGUGACUGCAAAUGGCUAUAAAUAUCGCCAUGUUGCCAAGUUCAGUCAUGUGACUACAGACUGGGCCCAACUAUGGAAACUUUGAAUCCAGGUUAUAACCCCCCCCCUUUUUUUAAAUUGUAACUAUGAUUGGUAAUAACCAAGUUGAGACUAUGUACAGCAGAUACAAUCCAUUCCCUAUAUAUUGAUCAUCCUGACACAUGGUUAUCCUUACAAAUUGCCAACUUAAACAUAGAGAUCAUCAUCUCAACGAUGAAAACUAUGUCCAAUCAAUCAGAUUAAUGUUUAAAAUAUGUGAUUUCAUUGAUAUUUACAAAGGAAAGUAGUUAAAUGCAAAGAAUAAGAAUGGGAUUCUAUUUAUGUCUUGCAGUUAUUAAAUAUGUUUGCCAAUACAUCCAGUAAAAAGAAUAAGGUAUUUACUGCCUGAAUAGAUGAAUUUUUGAUGAACACAUAUUCUGGUAGAGAGACUUUCCCUGAGGAUUGGUUGUAGCACUAAUGCGAAAGCUAGGAAAACUAAACCUCCUGUCCCAGUGACCAACCCAGAUUGGAUCCUGCAACAUUAUCUUGGCAUAUAUACACUAUAUUGCCAGAAG